AUGUCUACCGAAGCUAUACCACUGAUUGGGAAAAAGCGACCUAAACUGACUGGCUCAUUGGCCUUAGCCACCAUGGUAGCGUGUUUCGGGUCAGUGCAAUAUGGAUAUCAUAUGGCAGAACUUAAUGCUCCACAACUCGUACUAUCGUGUUCUAAAGAAGUCAAUCCAUGGCCAGAAUUUCCAUACGAAAAAACUUGGCUAGGAAAGCAUGGGCUUGUGCAGUGUAUCCCACUCACAGAAGAGCAAAUAGGAUUGGUAACGUCGAUAUUCUCCAUUGGGGGGCUCAUUGGAUCCUUGUAUGCGGGAAAAAUCGCAGACAUCUACGGCCGAAAGCCAAUCAGCUUUGUGAAUUCAAUUCUGGGCAUCUUGGGCUCUCUGAUACUGUUUGCGUCGAACACAUAUGCGCAAAUGCUUCUGGGAAGGUUCGUUGCUGGCGUGUGUUGCGGGAGUGCAAUUGUCAUCACGCCCUUGAUAAUUAACGAGGUAUCGCCCCGUGAGCUUCGUGGCUCUUUGGGGUCGAUGAACCAGGUUUGUAUCAAUGUUGGCAUUCUCAUCACGCAGCUACUCGCUCUGCGUUUAGCCGACUCGUAUCGCUGGAGAUGGCUUUUAUUCACGGGCGCUUUGCUUGCCUUGGCCAAUUUCGCACUUUUAUUCAAGGUGAAUGAAUCACCGCUAUGGCUCGCCAGUCGUGGUGAGCUUGCUGCUGCUGAAAGCGUAAUUUGCAAUUUGCGCGGCGGAGACGUUCAGCGCUCAAGGCAAGAGGUCAGGGAAUGGCUUGACUCAAGAGGUCAGUCGGGAGACGAUAAUUGUCAGGCAAGGACAAGGACAGGUGUACAGACAAUCAGUGGAAGGGAUCAGAGCUUAACAGAGCGCCGGGCUAACGAUGUGUUUCAAUCCGAAUCCAGGGCUACUUCCACAUCGUCCUUGGACGAGGAAGUUACACUUACAAAGUACAUCAGAGAUCCAAGAUACGCGCUCUCGCGCCGUGCUAUCACGGCCAUCCUCAUGGGCCAGCAGUUUUGCGGGAUUAACUCAAUUAUAUUCUACGGUGUGAAGGUCAUCAGUGAUUUGGUUCCUGGGUACGCUAUUCUCAUAAACGUUGCAAUAUCCGUUCUGAACGUAGUUGCGACAUUUGGGGCAUCAUUCUUGGUGGACCAUUGGGGUCGCAAACCGUUGUUGAUACUUUCUUCUUCCUCAAUGUCGGUAGCUGCAGCGUUCAUAUCUCUGGGAAUAGUCACCAUGCGUGCUUCGGUGCUUGUCACCUUCACUUUCAUUUACAUCGGCGUGUUUGCACUGGGCGUUGGCCCGAUUCCUUUCUUGGUGAUCCCGGAGCUUUCACCACCUGACGUUGUUGGCGUUGCUCAAAGCUACGGCACGACGUGUAACUGGAUUGCAACCUUCAUGGUAGGAUAUGGUUUUCCAAUCCUACGUAACUGGUUAGCAGGAUAUGUGUUUUUAGUGUUUGCCGUCAUAGCUGCAUGCUUCGCGUCGUACAUUUACUACAUGGUACCUGAAACUAAAGGAAAGAAAGAUUACGAAGAAAUUUGGGGUGUUCGAGACUAA